UCUCAUGAGUCCUCCAUAAAACCGAUGCUGAGAUACCAAACUUCAUACUUAUUCCCAAGUUUAGCUUUGUCAUCGCACUAGAAAAAGUUUAUAUUUAAUUUAAUUACUCGAGAAUCGAGUUACUUUAAUGAGCUGGUGAAAUGUUGGGAACAAUUUUAAUUCUGGUGGGUGGUGGCCUCGUCCUCCUUCGACUUUUUCUCAACAAGCUAUACGGAACCGUUGACCCAAACAAUGAGAUUAGCGCAAAAGGAAAAAUUGUCAUUGUUACUGGGGCAAAUGCAGGGGUAGGAAGAUCCACGACAUUGGAGUUUGCAAAAAGAGAUGCUCAUGUUAUUUUAGCCUGCAGAGACAUAUCCAGAGCAAAUGAAGCAAUCAAAUAUAUUCGGGAGCAGACCACAAAUGGCCAACUGGUGGUAAUGCAACUGGAUUUGGGUUGCUUUGAAUCUGUGCGAAAAUUUGCGACAGAGUUUAACAGGAAAUACGAAAAACUUGACAUUUUGGUGAACAACGGUGCAGUAAUGUUAAAUCCUGAUUCACAUUUGAAAACCACAGACGGCUAUGAGAUUCAUUUUGGGGUGAAUCAUUUGGGCCAUUUUCUUCUCACGAAGUUGCUACUGGAGAAACUUAAAGCUGCAGCUCCUAGCAGAAUUGUAACUGUGAGCGCACUUGCCCACAAUGUUGGUUCAGUGAACAGAAUUCUUGGAAUGGGAAAAACAACUGCGUCCGGAGAGCAGCCGAAAUACACUUACAGUUUUGUGGAUAGACUAUUUUUAAAGAAAAUUGGCCCAGGAAAUAAACCGUAUUCUGAUUCUAAGCUGGCAAAUGCACUGUUUUCAUUAGAAUUAGCAAGACGCCUGGAAGGUAGUGGGGUGAGAACAUACGCAUUAUGUCCAGGAAUUGUCAACACAGGGUUGGCAGACUCGUUGGAUAUUCCAAAGUUUUUGUACAUCCCAAUAAAAGUUAUUCUAAGGUACCUCCUCAAAACUCCAGAGCAGGGCUGUUGGACAACAAUGUAUUGUGCUCUUAGCCGGGAUCUCAUCAAUGAAAGUGGUUUAAUGUACCAACAUUGCGCCGCCUGGGACCCCAAAGACAGAAUUCGGUUGAAGGAAGAGGAUUCUGUGGAGCUGUGGAAUUUAAGUGAGCGGCUCACAGGAAUAAUUCCUCCAUAAUAACUUGGUCAUUUCGAGUGCAAAGAAUCAAUUUUUAAAUUAUACAAUAAAUCUACACUUACACUUAAAAGCUUCAUAGAAAGAUACAUUGUUUUACGAGAUACGUUAGUACUUAAAUAAAUUAUUUUUGAUUGCA